GAGUGCUAUGAUUUGCUUCAAUUAGUACCUGCAACGAGGCAGGUGGAGUUUGAAGUUACAACAUCUGUCCAUUGCUGGAAACCACCACAGUCAGGCAAGUGAAGUCAAGGGUUUGCUUACAAUGGCGGGAAUGGACCCAGCCGAACCUGUCUCCUCUACAAAGGUGUCGAUCGGGGUUCAGGCCCCUCCAGAUGACCCGCCGACAGCCUCCGGCGUUAAACACCCACCCCUUAGAGCUGUGAAUAGGCGGCUCAUGAUGUACGGGUACUGCGUCAGUAUGUCCUGGAUAGGCCAAUACGCCAGAGAACACGGCUGGGUAACCCCAUCUGGGAAAGCGGAUGAUGUCAAAGCCUUUGUCGAUCUCAUGGGCAAAGUGGGCGUAUGGGACCAGAUCGUGUUGCCGAGCAUAUGUGUAUACCGGAAGCGGACAACGAAUGGGCGACCGAGGUCUGCAUUGUGUCUUAACAGUGUGAAAGAUCGCGAGUCAUUCCAGCUUGCCUUCAUUUUUGGUUCGGGAUCGAAUGAUUCAGCGGAGGAGAUGGAGGAUGCAUUGAACCCGAGUCGGAUUCAGAUCCUGAAGGAGGUGAUGAGGAUGGAGAGAGAUCCUUGGUGGUAUUAUGUGACGGAGAGAGAGCGUUGUGACCAGCCAUGGUUGCCUGAUGACGAUGCAGUUGAGGGCGUGUAGGAAACGAAGUACCAGGCCAACCUAUCACACUAGUGCUAUGUUGAUCCAACAAGCUUUGUAGUCUGUGUCCGACAUGGGGGUAACGUGCAAAUGACCCUUCGCAAGAUCCUCCAGCGCAGCAAAGAUUAUCUGGUAUGGUAUAUGAUGCAGGUAUAAUGCAAUAAUCGAUAGAACUUGAAAGCCCCAAGAAAUCCUAUAG